CAUAACAGUCUUGGGGUUUGGAGUGUAAGCAUUUUGUGGCAAAACAAUGUCUUCGUUUGAAGUUUGCUUGAAAGGUGGAGGACCUUGGGGAUUUCGCUUACAUGGUGGAAAGGAAUUUGGAACUCCUCUACGUAUCUCCAAACUUGAGCAAUACGGAAAGGCUGAAGCUGCUGGCUUGAAACUUAAUGAUGAAAUUUUAGAAAUAAACGGAAGAGACGUUGGAAAACUUUAUCACACAGAAGCUCUAGUUGUUGUAAAAAAGGCAGCUAAUGAACUAAGGAUGGUUCUUUACAGAUCAUCAGCAAAUUCGAGUGGGCAAGAAAAAAUUGAGUAUAAGCAAGAGAAUACGUAUGUGGACACAAACCGCCCACCAGCAUACAAUGACUAUCACAAUUACACACAUGAGGGAUACACUGAUAAAGAGAGAAAAUCUAGCGAAUGGUCGCCAGACAUUAUCAAUGACGUUACAAGGAUCCCAGACCCUAUUGCAAUAGAGACAGGUCCUGGGCAAUAUGUCACAGAGGACCCCCUUGAAGAUCCUGAAGAGAGAAAAAGAAAGGCUCCGCAGGCUCCAACAUCACCGCGUGGAUUUGAAAAGGUGCAGCCAAGUGGAAGGGGUAGGAGAAGACUUACAAGCAGUGGAAACUCUUCUUUCGAAAUGUUUGAAGAUCGCAAGCCCGAAAACGUUGCUGUAGAUAUGCCGUUUAUUUCUACAGUAAACAGUGCGCUAAGACAUCUCCAAUCCAACAGAGCUGAAGCAGAUCCAGAUUAUCGCAAGUCAUAUACUUCAUCUCUUCCAAGAUCGCUUGGUAAAAAGUCAAAAACAAUGGAGCAAAAUCGGUCUGCGACGCUUCCUCGAAAUUUAAAAUCGGAUGAGAAAGGAAAACCAGGCAGUGUCCCAAAUUGGUACAAAGAGAUGCAGAAGGAGAUUAAUAAAAGCAUGGAAGGACAGUCUCAUUUGGGUCGCCUCCUCACUGCCGACGCUGCGAAGGGGGCUUUCAGGCGCUACGACGGUGCAUCGUCCCCUCGACACCUAUCACCGAAUUCAAGCCAAAGACGACCUCGGCCUAAAUCAAUUCACAUCGAUCGGUUCCAGUUUGACAAUGAAAGCGUACCCGAGAGCGCCAAGACUAAAGACGAUAUGAGCAAGAACUCAGCAAUGACUAAUCUGGAAAAAAGAGAGAAACGCCAUUCGGUCCAUUCAAAUUGGUACAGAGAGUUUCAGAAAGGUGGUCAGAUUCCGGCUGCCGGAUUAGCUGCAGAGCCCGACGAAGCAUCCGCUGUCAAACCUGUCCAUGCGCGUUCUAGAUCAAGCGAUGAUAUUUUGUCCGGAAAUAAGGGUAUGCCAUAUCAGGCUCCUGAUCAGCGAUCCCCAGAUACCAGAUUCACAAACCCAGCGAAAUUUGAAUAUAAUAAUCCACCAGAUUUCUUAGAACUGCGCAAAAAGGCUGAAGCAGAAGGGGCGCUGCGGGAGGAAAGAGAGCGCGAACUGAGAAUGCUGCAGGAGGAGCGUCGAAAAUGGCUUGAGGAGGAGGAGAAAUUGAAGGCAAUGAGCUAUGAUGCAAGGAAGAAAGCUGAAGAGGAAAGACGAGAACAGGCAAGGUUGAGGGAUGAGCAAAUGAGGAUUCAGAGGGAAAAAGAAAUUCAGUUGCAGAGAGAAAGGGAAAUGCAACGAGCUCUAGAAAUCGAAGAAAACAAUCGCAGAAAAAUGGAAGCCAUGGUGCAGCAGAACAAUGCAAAAAAUGAAAUUCUAGGCGAGGCAAAAGCAAUCUACACCUUUCGCAGUCAAUCACCAGCCGAGAUUAGUUUCAAGAAAGGUCAGUUAAUUACGGUUUUCAGACAAAUAGACGAGAAUUGGUACGAAGGCGAAGUUGACGGUCAGGUUGGAAUAUUCCCAGCCAACUAUAUUCAGAUAAUUGAAACUAAAGAAGCACCUCCAGAGGAAGAAGAAGACGCAGGAACGAUUCAAAUAGAGGAGGGUAUCGCAAGGGCAAAGUACAAGUUUCAAGCAGAGAAUGACAAAGAGAUUUCUUUCAAAAAGAAUGAUAUGAUCACGUUGUUACGAAAACUUGAUGAUAACUGGUAUGAGGGUGAAAUUGAAGACCAGAUUGGGAUAUUUCCAGUUAACUACGUUGAAAUCUUAAGAGAGCCGAGAAUCAUCAAAAGCGAAGUCGCCCCGGCCAUGUCUGGUGAAUUAGUAAAAAGCAGCGAAAAACCGAAACAGAUAGCUAGAGAAGAAAAAAGAGAAUUAAAUCUUACGAAUGGUGGACAUCGCGAGGAAAAGAAACCAGUGCAGCAACAGGUACUGGAAACAGAGCCAUCACAAAGUAUUCACAGCGGAAAGGUUGUCAACAAUAGAAACGAGCCCGAGAAAACGCCUUUAGUCAAAAAUGAACCCAGCGGAGAAAGAAAUCGAGCCAUUUAUGGGUAUGCGCCAAUGAGUGAAGACGAAAUCGAAUUAUUUGAAGGUGACAUUGUUUUUGUUCUUGAAAAAUGCGAUGAUGGUUGGUUUGUUGGUGUUUGUGAGCGAACUGGGAAAUUUGGCACGUUUCCAGGAAAUUAUGUAGUUCCUGUGUAAUGCAUGGUGAAACACAGUUCGAUACAGAUUGGCUGUUUUUGGUUGUAAGCAAUCGCAGGCCACCGCCACGUCAAAUUGUGAUGUAGUUUUAAGCAUUUGUACUGUAUACUUUAAAUUGUUAAAUGCACAUGUAUUUUUAUGGCUUUUAUUUCGUAUUUUUACUUCAAAUAACAAUGUAUGUUUAUGCUGAAACAUCUGUCGAUAUUUUGAUUUUAUCAAAGCAGUGUUUGUAGUAAUAUCAUUUAGGAAUAUCAGUUUUUAGUUGAGCAUAACGUAAGAUGGCCUAAUAAUCUUGAUGUCAAAAUGUUAACAACAUUUUCGUAUCCUCUGCCUUGAUAAAUGCCAAUAUGGCUAUCAUUUGUAAAAUUACAAAUAUUUAACUGGUUGAUUGUAGGGUUAUUGCGUGAUAUUUGACAAUGAUGGUAUUUUGAGCAUGUUUUGUAGAGAUUUAUAAAAAUUUCUUUUUUCCAUUGUCACUGAUUUUGCAUGACGAAACUAUAAAUUCUGAAUAGUUUACUAUCUUAAUUUAAGUUAUACAGUCGUUUAAUUAAAUAUGGGUAUUUUUGUAGUUCUAAAAAGUAUGAAAGCUUUGCAAUUUCACACGAAAAGUCAGAAACAAUAGAACCAAGAACUUUUCUUGAAAGUUACAUAGAUAUCUAUAACAUCAAGUGAUGAUCUUAAGUCGCUAAACAUUUCGUAUGGUGAUUUUUGCAAAGCAACUUGUGAAUCGCGGAAGAAGUCAUUAGAACCUGGUAAUUUAGUGACUGUUAUUGGCUGUGAUUUGUAACUAGUGAAAAUCCAAGAUUAUGCUGUUUCUUUACAAA